UGGACUCCUAAAAAUAGAACCCGAUUUCUUCAACCAAUCAUUGACGAAGCUGUUUGGUAUUAGGUCGGAAGCUCUGCAAGAUGGCAGUCAGUAUAAAUACUAACCGCGUUCGAAGCAAGGUCGCGACGAUUAUUCUCAGAAUUUGCUCGAAUUUAUCGAUGUUUUGCAAUAAAUUGCUUAUUAAACAUUUCCUCCCAGGUGCUUUCAGAGCUCUUCGUUGGAGAUGCUCAUCAGUGUGCUUUAGUGCUCGUGUGGAGACCCACCCUCCCUAACCGUCUGUCUGUGACUGCUCACUGCUCGUAGGGAUAGGCUGGCUCCCAAGCCCUAAUUUCUUGCAAGCAAGUCAAUCCCAGUCCGUCUUAGGUUCUCUUUCAACUUUCAAUCACGUGUGAAGUUUUUGAUUGAUGAAUGUAGGGUGCCGAUAAACAAUGACUUCCUUGUUAUUUUGUUAAUGCACCUGCCACAUAGUCUUAUCUUCAACAUCGGCUGGAGAUAAGUUGUGUAGCCCUUUCCUCCUCUUAGUCUGUUUUGCAUUGGUCAGUGACCGCAACUGCAACAAAGCAGACUAAAACUUUUCAGUGAAGCAGGCUUUCACAGAUUGGCCAUCCUUGAGAAAAAGUUUCACGAGGCAUAGUAACAUGCAUUUUGUCUCUUAGUUCUCUGUAGAUCAAAUACUAUUGCACGCUCAACAUAGCAAGCAAGCGUCUAGAAAAAGCCGAAAGAUCCUGGGCAAUACAGGAGAGUAGAGUAAAAAAGGAAGGCGAGAUGGACAAUGGCUAAAAAUCAACUCUCUAUGCAAAAUAAAACUGCUGACCAAUGAGCCUGCAUUUGUUGAUGAUUAUUGGCUUGGAGAAUCUGAGGAGGCAGACAAACCUACGAAUAUGAGCACAAGACUUGAUCGACUUUUCCUGCUUCUGGAUACUGGCUCAACUCCCUUAAUUCGAAGGUCUGCAGCAGAGCAGCUUGGGGAUGUGGUGCGACUUCAUCCACAUGAACUGACUAAUUUGUUGAGCAAAAUCCAUGGCUAUCUUCGAAGUCCCAACUGGGAGACUCGCAUUGCAGCAUCCCAGGCCGUUGAUUCCAUCGUUAAAAAUGUGCCACAAUGGGAGCCCAGAGGGGCUUCAAAAUCGGAGUGUGGUAUGGGAUCAUAUGUUGGAACUGGCACAGUUUUGUUCUCUCAGUUUGACGUGAAGAGAGUUUUGGAAUGUGGGGCUUCCUUGCUUGCAUCAGAGGGAGAUCAAUUUGAUGUUGGAGCCUCUGUUGUUGAUAUGGAGGACAAAGAGCAGUUGUUGCAGCAAAGGCAGCUUCUAAAUAAAAGACUUGGCUUGGACAUCGCUGGCAGCUUAGGUCUUGACUCUAGCAAUCUUUUCAAUGAUGAAGACCUCUGUCUAAAUAUUGACCCAACGAUGCAGCCCACAAAUAACAACUCAAAGCCGGUGCUUGAGCUGCUGAGACAACAGCUAGCAGGUUCUCAUAGCCAAAUGAGCAGCCGAGAGAGAAAUGUGGCCAAGAGGAAGGCGAGGAGCCUCUCCAAACAAAUUUCAAGCAAUAACAAUGGUUCUGAAGAGCCGAAUCCUGUCAAGAGAAUGAAGAGAGAACGUUCAACUGGGUCACUAGAUUCUGCUGAAUCAGCAUCGCUUACUGAAGAGCCUGACGACUGGCCCUUUCAGAAUUUCUGUGAGGUUCUGAUGAAUGACUUGUUCCAUAGCAGUUGGGAGAUCAGACACGGGGCUGCUUCUGGUCUCAGGGAGGUGGUGAAAGUGCACGGCAGAGGGGCUGGCCGGGCAGCAGACAUUCCAAGCAAUCAGCUGCAGACAGUUAACCAGGUCUGGCUCUCAGAUUUGUCUGUGCGACUCUUGUGUGUGUUAGCACUGGACAAAUUUGGUGACUUUGUCUCGGAUGAGGUGGUGGCCCCAGUGAGAGAGACGUGUGCACAGACUCUGGGUGCGGUGCUGAAGUACAUGGACGAGCCGUCGGUGUCCAGCGUGGUGGACAUUUCCCUGCAGCUCCUGGCCCAGUCACAGUGGGAGGUCCGGCACGGAGCCCUGCUCAGCCUCAAGUACAUUCUUGCUGUGAGAAAGGAUAUGACGUCCAAGCUACUGCCUCUGGUUCUGUCGUCCAUCUUGGCAGGCCUCCAAGACCCGGAUGAUGACGUGCGAGCUGUAGCUGCCGCGGCGCUCAUUCCCGUGACUGAUGCCCUCGUCCAGUGUUUGCACUCACAAGUGCCAGAAAUUUUGCUGUGCUUGUGGGAUACACUGGCCGAUCUUGACGAUCUCACAGCUUCUACCAACAGCAUUAUGAUUCUCCUGGCCAAGCUCAUGUCGCAUCCAGUGACCAAGUCUUCCUCAUUUAUGACAGCAUCCUUGACAGCACUCACCCCUCGGCUGUGGCCUUUUCUUCGACACAACAUUAUGUCUGUGCGAAAGGCAGCUCUGGAAACACUGCUGACCUUACUCAACUUGCAUGAUAUGGAUACAACAAGCAAGUGGUUAUUCCCCAUCUGCCAAGACGCAGUUCGACACAUCUACCAAAGAGGACUGCUGGAGGAGAAGGCUGAGCUUUUGCCUCUGAUCGUCAGGGUGUGGGAGGCAUUACUACGCAGCGCCAUGUUGGAGCAGUUGGUCAUUAUUUCUGUGCCUUGGCUCGGUGUAUGGAUGGCUUUCCUUAUGCAGCCAGCCAGAGUGCCAUAUGAUCCUACUCUCUUAAUUGAGGCUAAGCACAAACCACGAGAAAAUGCUGCUGUGAAAGUAAGGUUUCAAGGGGAGGCAAGAACACCAGUGCAAGGUCUCAAAAAUUACAUCGGAGGAUGUGAUGGAACGUCUGGAAAUGCUGCUGAAAAAGAGGCUGCUGUGUACAGGGCCAGAGUUUGUGGGGCCAGACUGUUUGGUAUCCUCGCAAAUUACUUGUGUAAGCCAUUGCCGAACCAGCCCCCUGAGAUGGAGCCACCGGCUGUUGCUCUCGGAAAGCUGUUAAUGUUUCAUCUGAGUGGCAAGAGUGCAGUUCAAAGAUUUGUUGUUGGACAAGCAAUCUACUUUUGGGCCGUUCAGCAAAAACCCUGCCCUUGCCCAGACGAUGUGAAGGCACAGCUCUUGAAUUGCCUGGGGGAACUGAUCUACUUUGAUGAAAUUGCUUAUUCCUUCACACGUAUGCAGAGUGACUGUCAAGAUUUUCUCGCAUCCCUAAAACAGAAUGGUGUCAACUUGGAUACCUUUUAUCCUCCAGGACAAUUGCUCACACUGGAGUCGGCCCAGAACCUCAUCUCUGUGACGUAUAAAGAAGUGCGUAGCUCGUUGAAGCCCCAAGUGGUGGCGAGGUUUGAUGACAGGCAGAAACAGCUGCAGACUUCUGUUCAGCAGACAUCACAGGAUCAGCAGAUGUUUAGCGUCAGAGUGCUGUGCAGCCUUGCCAUGGCUGUUGUGGCUCUUGACGCUCUUCCAGAGAAACUGAACCCUGUUGUGAGGCCCUUGAUGGAUGUGAUUAAGAAGGAAGAGAAUGAAGCUUUACAGGAAGAGGCAGCCUCAUGUCUUGCCCAGCUCAUCAAAGCCUGUAUCAGCAGAGAUCCCAACCCGAACAGUAAAAUUGUGAAAAAUCUGUGCAACUUCUUGUGUGUGGAUCCGUCAGUUACGCCAAAUGUGGACAACCCCUCUCCGCAGACUGACCAAAAUGAUCAAGCACAUCACGAAGUGUCCUGCUCCAUGACGAGGGGUAUCUUGACUCUGUCCAACCUCCAGAAAGUCAGUGAUCAAAGUAUACGAAGGCGUAUGAGGAGAAGUCUAGUUCUUAAAGGAGAUGCGAAUGUGUCAGAAGCUGCUGUGAAGUUGGAAGCCGAUGCCACUCAGGCAAGAACAGAACAAUUAGAACUCCAAAAACAAUAUAGCAUACAAAGACAAGGAGCUGAGACUGCUCUCACUGUGCUGUGUAAAUGCUUCGACUCCGAGCUUCCAGAAAAACUGCCAUCUCUGUGGAGUUUAUGCGUUGACACCGUUAAGCAAUUUGAUACUGAAAGCAAAGAGCCUGCCAGUGAUGCUGAGAAAGAUGAUAAUGCCAAAUUACAAGGCUUUGUGAAUAGCCUGCAAGCAAUUGAAACUGUUGUCCCUGCACUACAUUCGACCUUGUUGCCUUCAUUGUUGAGUCAGUUAGAUAAGCUGAGUCUGUUGUUGUGCCACAAUGCCACUGCUGUUCGACACAUGACUUCCCGGGUUCUGGCUGCCCUCAGCCUGCGCAGCACUCUCCAAGUCAUGCAUUAUGUGAUAGAAAACGUUCUUCCUUUCCUCGGCGCUACCGAUGACGAGAACAGGCGAGAGGGUGCCACCGAGGCUGUUGCCAACAUUUUGGAUUCUCUGAGCAUUGAUUCCCUGCCCUAUGUUGUGGUGCUGGUUAUUCCUAUACUGGGCCGCAUGUCUGACCAGACGGAGGCUGUGCGGCUUAUGGCCACUCACUGUUUCGCCACCCUGGUCCGACUCAUGCCACUGGAGGCUGGCAUACCAGACCCACCUGCCACGGAGAGCUGGCUGUCUGAGCGCAAGGCGAGAGAACGGAAAUUCCUGGAGCAGCUGUUUGACAUGUCGAAGCUGGACAGCUACAAGAUCACUGUGCCAGUCAAUGCUGAGCUCCGCAAAUACCAACAGGAUGGUGUGAACUGGCUUGGCUUCUUGAACAAGUACAAACUGCACGGCAUUCUCUGUGACGACAUGGGCCUGGGAAAGACCCUGCAGUCCAUCUGUGUCCUGGCCACUGAUCAUCUAGAGCGAGCUGACAGACACAAGGAAUCCCAGGACCCCGACUGCAAGCCCCUUCCGUCCAUCGUUGUCUGUCCCCCGACCCUGGUGGGUCACUGGGUGUAUGAGGUGAACAAGUUCAUUGACCUGACCUAUCUCAGCCCGUUCAUGUAUGUCGGCCCUCCUGCUGAGCGGCUAAGAUUGCAGAAACAAGUGCCCCAACACAACCUCAUUGUGGCGUCCUAUGACGUAGUGAGGAAUGAUAUUGACUUCUUCAGUUCUGUACGCUGGAAUUACUGCAUUCUGGAUGAAGGUCACAUAAUAAGGAAUGGUAAAACAAAGCUGGCCAAAGCUACAAAGCGGCUGAUCUGUAACCACCGCCUGAUAUUGUCUGGCACCCCUAUACAGAAUAAUGUGCUGGACCUGUGGUCUCUUUUUGACUUCCUCAUGCCUGGAUUUUUAGGCACAGAGAAGCAAUUCCAGGCCAAGUAUGGCAAGCCCAUUUUGCAGAGUAGGGAUGCCAAGAGCACUACCAAAGAGCAGGAAGCAGGAGCUCUUGCAAUGGAGUCGCUGCAUCGUCAAGUUCUGCCUUUCAUUCUCCGCCGGCUGAAAGAAGAUGUGUUGCAGGACCUGCCCCCGAAGAUCAUGCAGGAUUACUACUGUGACUUGAGUCCAUUGCAGGUUGAGUUAUACGAAGACUUUGCAAAAUCGCGGGCCAAGCGAAACGUAGACGAGACUGUGAGUGGUGGAGAUGAAGGAAAGGAAAAGAAAGCAUCCAACCAGGGCACCACACACAUAUUCCAAGCUCUUCAGUACCUGAGAAAGGUGUGCAAUCAUCCGGCUCUGGUGUUGAAUCAAUCCCAUCCAAAGUACAAAGAAACUGUUGCAAGUUUACAGCAACAAAACAGCAACCUUCAUGACUUGACUCACGCACCAAAGCUGAAUGCUUUGAGGCAACUGCUGAACGACUGUGGCAUUGGUGUGGCGGGCAGCGUACCUGGAGGCGGCGGCAUUAGCAGCAGCAGCAGCAGCGGUCCCUCAGGGGGUGUGGACAGUGUGCCAGUGGUCAACCAGCACCGGGUGCUUCUUUUCUGCCAGCUCAAGAGCAUGCUGGACAUUGUUGAGAAAGAUCUGCUCAGGACACGAAUGCCAAGUGUGACUUUUUUGCGCUUGGACGGCAGUGUUCCGGCUGGUUCAAGACAUGACAUAGUUCGCAGAUUCAACAGUGACCCAUCCAUUGACAUUUUGCUGCUCACCACGCAUGUGGGAGGCCUAGGUUUGAACCUCACUGGAGCUGACACAGUUAUAUUUGUGGAACAUGACUGGAAUCCCAUGAAAGAUUUGCAGGCCAUGGACAGAGCUCACAGAAUCGGACAGAAGAAAGUUGUAAAUGUGUACAGACUGAUCACAAGAGGAACUCUGGAAGAGAAGAUAAUGGGACUCCAGAAGUUUAAGAUGGCUGUUGCCAACACGGUGAUCACUCAGGAGAACUCGAGCCUGCAGACAAUGGGUACAGAUCAACUGCUGGACCUCUUUGUCCUGGACGACAGCAAGCCAGGCUCGGGGGCCUUCGGUGACUCGGGAGCAGACGCGAAGGACAAGCGGAAAGACAACAAAUCUGGGAGGAAAGAGAAUAUCCGCACCAUUCUGGACGGUCUAGAGGAGCUCUGGGAUGAAUCUCUGUACGAAAAUGAGUACAACAUGGAGACCUUCAUGAAGUCUCUAGGAAAUGUUUAGGUGCAUUAACAGGUGCACGCUCUCGUACGAACUCUUCUGCUUUCAACUAAAAGGAGUCUUUGUUGAAAGGUUUGGGGUUUUUAGCUCAGCUGUUUCAACCUAUUUUUUAUUCAGUCCAAAUCUGUUCAUGGAAAAAAAUUAUCCACUGUUGUGCUAAAUGCAUGAUACUCUUUUUGACUCAGCAAUGUUAUGUGAGUUUGAUCACUGGGUGUGUUCAGUUUAAUGGUUUCCCCGUCAUUGUGCGUGCACUCUUUAAAAUUGUCAAAACUUAGGUCCUGUUACCUGUUGCUGAAAUGUCCCAUCAUCAUCAAUGGUUCAUUCAUUUUACUUGGAAUGAUGUGUGAGUAAAGAUGUAAGUGUCUCAGAGUACUCUUGAUGUGGUGUUUCAAGAAGCGACCACUCUUGAAUAAUAGUUUAAAACGUGGGUUUGAACAGCUGCUUUCGGUGCAGAAUUACCAUUUUGUGCCACUUCUCUGCUUUCUUUUUUUUGUCGUUGUUGUUUUUUGUUUUGUUUUGCUUUUUGUUGUUAUUUGGCCAGCUUGAGCAAUCCCCCACCGACAAGUUAUCUGUCUUAUUUUGAGUUAAGAUAUUAAAUUUGUCCUACGUUAUUUUGGGUUUAUUUGUGUCACAUAUAUAUAUAUAUACAUAUAAUUUACCAAUUCGGUAUAAUGUGUGUAAUAUCACUUGUUUGUUCAUCCAGUUUACAUGAAGACAAUAUAAUUCUAUGCAGCUUUGACUUCAUCUUGUUAAACUUUGAUCUCAAAAUUCCCAAAAGAUAUCCUCUGGUAGGACUCAAUUUAUAUUGGUCGUUUGAUUGAAUGUCAAGAACCAUGUUUAUUGUGUGUGUCUGUAUGCGUGUGUGAGUGUGUGUGUGUGUGUGUAUGUGUGUCUGUGAGGGCAACGUGUAAUACUAGUAUAUAGAUGCUGCCUGCUCUGGAUGUGAGUUCAGUUGUGAAAAGGAGAAUAUUUGGAUAUUUUAGAACUUUUUAUCUGAUGUCAGUGUACAUUGUCUGCGAGAUUUUUCAGCUGUUUUACUGUAGUCUAGAGAGCUUCAAUGUUGAAACUUUGCUUUUUAUCUCUCCAGUGUUUCAAUGAAAUGUUCCUUUUUUUUAAUUGCCUUGAACAUUACUGACAUGAAAUUUAAUUUGUUUUCAUUGGCUUAUUCUUAUAUAUUAUAGCUCUCAGGUGAAUCCAAAUAUAUGGGCAUGAACUUUCUGUAGUGCGUGUGCUCCUCAAGAACAAUGGUUUACGUUCUCAAAGAUUUCAAUAGUUUUGUUUUACACAAUCUCCUUGCAUCACUUCCCAGUCCUUUGGUGUCCCUAGACUUGUAAGUACAGUUGAGAUGAUUCAACACAGCCACCCAUUGUCAAGGAGAAAAGUGUUUGUCUUAGGCAGGGGGAUAUCUUGGGCAGUGUCCUUAUAAUAUUUUAAAAAGCAAGCAGGAAAGGAGGAAGUGGUCGUUUGUACACGUGAUUUAUUUAUACAGGGGCAUUAGAGCAGGUUUGACUGUUCAAACGUAGUUAAUAAUUUGCCGUCUAUUUGGGUCUUUGAGUUCUUUUCCUGUGACGUAGCGAGCUGAGACGGUGACAGUGAAAUCAAGAGGCUGAGGACUUUCAAUUAAACUACCGUGCUUUAUACCGGGUGCAAAUUGCAGAAGGAUUCGUCAAAUCUCCAUUUGAAAUUUGUGAAGGCUGCCAGGUUUUUCUUCAUGAAGAGAAAAAAGGGUACCAUUUUGGCACUCUUUGAUUUGAUCAGAUCCUCCCAAAUCAGACACGUUUGCUUUUCUUUGUCACUCUAUGAUACAUUUGAUGAAAACAAGCAAUUGGAAGUGUACCAUGCAUUAUGGACUUAUAUAUUUUGUUUGUCCUCACAAUGUGAUAGGCUCUUAUGGUAUUCCUGUCCAAUUUGAUGAAGCUGAAAAGACAUCACUUUGAUAUAGAUCAACACCAUCCCAAAGAUGUAUUAAACCAUAUCAAUGAAACUUUCUGUAAUAGGCACUGGGUAUUAGAUUGUUUGCCUCACUGGACUGUCUAGCCCAGUCUGACCUUCUUAAGUUCCUAAAUUUUGAUAUCACCGGAGCAGGCUGUCAGUCUUGACCGGGUACUGUUUCUAAUUGCAACUCUGCAAAUGUUUUGGAAACAAUGGCUAUUUUGCAAUGACCAAUAGUGGCUGAACGGUGAUAAAAUGCUUUUGGAAUGGAGAGGUUGCAGUUUAGAUGUCUCUUUCACUGAGUAAGUGGGAAGUCCAGUACCAAAUGGACAAGGAGACAGUUGCAGAGUGCUUUGGGAAACAUUUGUGUAAUGAUAUGCAGUGGAAUCUGGCUGUAGUCAAUUUAUGGGCAUGCAGAACUAUUGCUAUACAUCAUCAUAAAGCUGGUUCAUUUAUCUAUCUUUCAAUGAACAAAAUACCCAUCUAUCUUGAAUAGAAGUCGAUAUAUUUGCAACUGAAAGAUGUGGUGAUCACCUGCUUUCAGAGGUAACAUUAGCGA